AUGAGUUAUAGAAACCCUUUUUCUAAUUUAUCAAACACCGCUCCAACAACCACAGCAACAACAAACAAGACAGCAUCACCUACCUUGACAAGUGUAAAGCUUGGUGGUUUGUUGUGGAAUGAUACUUGUUGUGGAUUGGAGGGUCAAGAAUCGUUUAUUCACGAUGAGACAUCACCAGAGGAGAGUCGUUUUGAGGCACUUCAAUCAUUGGCUAAUGGUCAAAUAGAUCAAUAUAGACAUAAAUUUAAUAGUAAAGAAGCAGAAAAGAAAGCAAUAUUUGAAGAAUUCAAUAGAGAUCAACAUGGAGUGAUGGCAAAGUUAAAGAAUAAUAUGCAAUCACUUACUACCUUUGGAAGUGCAAUACCACAACAACAGACUACUGUAUUUGGUCAGGCAGCGACAUCGUCUGCAUUUGGUUCACAACCAUCAACAUCUGCAUUUGGUUCGCAACCAUCAACAUCUGCAUUUGGUUCACAACCAUCGGCGUUUGGGAAUACCUCUGCAUUUGGUCAACCUUCUUCAGGUGGUGUGUUUGGUUCGUCAGGUGCAUCAAGUAAUCCAACAGAAUCGGUGUUUGGAUCGACACCAGCAUCAGCAUUUGGUUCACAACCAUCAACAUCUGCAUUUGGUGGUGCCAAUACCUCUGCAUUUGGUCAACCAUCUACAUUUGGGGGAUCUCCUACCACUGGCAAUCCAUCAGUAUUUGGAUCGUCACCAACAUCGGCUUUUGGACAACCAUCAACACCGACAUCAGCGUUUGGAUCAACACCAACAUCAGCAUUUGGACAACAAUCGACAUCAACAUCAGCAUUUGGACAACAAUCAACACCAACAUCAGCUUUUGGGUCAACUACGCCAUUUGGUUCAACAUCAUCAUCAACACCAUUUGGUCAACCUCCUUCUACACCACCAUUUGGGUCUAGUAAUCCUACGGGGUCGGUGUUUGGUGGACAACAACAGCAACAGCCAUCUCCAUUUGGUGUGACAAGUACUCCUUCAACAGGAUCGGUAUUUGGGGGACAGCAACAACAAACGGUAUCACCCUUUUCAUCGGGAGGUGGAGGUUCAGUAUUUGGUGGACAGCAGCAAACUUCUACACCUUUUUCAAAUCCAACCAACUCUGGAGGCACUGUGUUUGGACAAACACCAUCCACGCCAUCACCAUUUGGCACAACCAACCCAACAAGCUCUGGAGGAAGUGUAUUUGGACAAACACCAUCCACACCAUCACCAUUUGGCACUAAUCCAACCAAUAAUAAUAAUCCAACAAGUGUAUUUGGACAACAAACACCAUCCACUCCAUUUGGCACUAAUCCAACUGUCUUUGGACAACAACAACAACAACAAACCUCUCCAUUUUCAAAUAAUAAUACAUCCUCUUCGGUGUCUCCAUUCCAACCUGGACCCUCACCUUUUUCCAAUACCAAUACAUCCACAACCUCUCCUCCAUCAUCACCAUUUGUUCCAACAACUAAUAAUAAUAAUAAUAUUCAAUCCACGACACCUUUAUCAACAAACUUUAAAAUGCCAACCACUACACCAUCAGAGAUUGAUAUUGAGAAAUUCAGAGCACUUAGUUUCACACUUUUUGACAUUCCUGAAAUGCCACCUCCACGCGAACUUAUUUUUUAA